CAUAUGGCAAUGCAGCACCAAAUAUAUCACAGUCUGCGUCAAGGCACACGUGUGCGCAGACGCAUUGGUACAGUGCUCCGCGCUUGUCGUAUUCAGAAACAGAUCAGUGUUAUUUAAAUAUGAGCAAAUCAAACGGUGUGGACACUGACUGGGCUCGUUCUCCACCACCCGCAGGACCCUUGUGGAUGAGGAUCUGCAAGGCCAUAUACGAUCCAGAGGAGAAAAGCUUCUUGGGACGAACUCCGAAACGAUGGGGUAUUCUUUUUGUAUUCUACGCGGUGUUCUACGCAGUACUGGCAGCUAUGUUCGCUGCUUGCAUGGGCGGCCUGUUCAUGACCCUCGAUGAGAAGAAGCCUGUCUUUAUACUGGACAGCUCUCUUAUAGGGUCAAAUCCAGGAGUGGCAUUCCGUCCAAGAGUAGAUGGGGUUGUCCGCCUCGACGCCACAAACUCCACCAGCUACGAGGAAUAUGUAAACAAUAUCAGAGACUUUAUUGCAGGUUAUGAAAGUAAUGUAUGGUUCAACUCAAAGAAGGGGUGCGAUGCAGAUGACAACUAUGGCUACCCUGAUAGUCCAUGUUUCUUUAUAAAACUUAAUAAGAUCUACGGAUGGAAGCCUGAGUAUUUGGAUACGAAGAAUCUGCCAUCAGACAUGUCCAGUGAUCUGAUAGAAUAUAUCGCUACUCUUCAGGAUUUAGAGCAUCAACAGAUAUGGGUGUCAUGUUGGGACCCUUCCUCCAACGAGACAAGAAUAGAAUACCCCUGGGGUCGAGGGCUACCAGGUCGCUUCUAUCCGUACCUCAACGAUGACGGCUAUCUAAGCCCUUUUUUGGCAAUCAAGAUCAAGCCACAAGUGAACCGGCUGUCGUCAGUUCGUUGUCGGGCCUGGGCGAAGAACAUAAGGUACAACAAGAGCCUGAAGGAACCGUCGGGCUUCACGCUAAUACAGAUAUUUGUUGAAGACAACACGGCACUUAACAACACCGAAACACUCGCAGAGAGCAAAUAAUAAUGCGAUCGCGGAUCCUGUUUGAAUGUCUUGUUGUGUGUGGAUAUCUCGUUGUGUUGCAUUACUGAAAUGGGCAGAGAGAAAUCUCAUUAAAAUUAUACGGCCUUAGAAAUAAACUUGGUAUAAAGUUAUAUAGAGAAUAAACCAAGAAUAUGCAAAAUGUUGACUAACGGCCAUUUCCAAUAUUCAGUCUAUCUCCGGUUGUGGCCUACUUAAGAUAAAAAAUCGUAAAUAUCGUUGACUUUUCUUUCCCAAUAAACUUAUCGACGGUAACUCAUCUUAUUCGUACAUACUGUCUGUCAAUGGGACGACGUAUAGCUUACCAGGGAUAGAAGUUUGUAUCGAAAUUGCAACAGUGAACUGGCGAUAAGUAUGCCUUAUCGGAUAUAUUGGGACAGCUUCAGAUUAUUGACAGCUAUGAUAGUAGAAGGUAGUAAUGUAUCUCUAUCUGUAGAUAGUAUAUUGGGAACGGCCGUUAAUUGUUGACAACACUGUCAAUACAAUGAAAAUUCUGAAAUUUUCCGACCGUCAGACAGCCUUGCAAAAAAACGCGGGAAACGAUAUAGGUACGUCCAAAUACGGCAAUCAUAAGUAAAAUGUCUUUUUGUAAACAUUUUGCGUGGUUGGUUUAUUCUCAGGUGUACUUUAUACCUACCAAGUUUUUUUUAUAAGGUUAAGUAUUUAACUAUAACUUAGGUUUCCCAUAUCAUAAUUUAUUGAUAAAACUAAAUGUGGUACGUAUUAGGGACUACGCGCACUUAUUCAGCUCUUUUCAGCUUUUGUCCAUAGAAAACAACAAUUUUGUAUGGAGACGUGUACGCCUCGAUUCAGCUUUCCGCGUCCAUUCUGCUUUCGCGGCAAACCAGCAUAAAAUGAGGAUAAAAGUGUUUUUAUUAUGCGAAUGCUAUAGAGAGCGUUCGGCGCUGUUCCGCCGCGUACAGCGCUGUUCGCCCUCGAAUGCGGCGGAACACCUCUUUACAGGGAUGGUUCGCGAUUCCUUGUCGACAAGUUGCGACCUGUAUUGUUCCUGCAUUGAUUUAACGUAUACAUUAUGCACGCAAAGAUUAAAGAGUGCAGACGUGAUUUAAAGUUAUUAUUCUCAUUCUUACGACGAUGUACGCGGCUGAUAGAAGAAAAGCUGCAUAAGUGUGACCAAAAUCAUUCAGUAAAACGCGAAUGGAGCUGAAUAAGUGCGCGUAGUCCCUUAAAAUACGUAAAUAUAGUAUGACUGGUGAGAUAUUUACAAUAUUUAAGGAGAAUAUACGGUAGGUAUUCGAUUCUCUAAUUAUAAACAAAAAUUAGGUAGGUACUAAAUUUUUGAAUAAAUUAUACCAUUUUAAAUAAAUCAAUUUAAUACAUCACCGCACUCCCCGUCUAAAAUUUCAUUCAAAUUCAAAUUUAAAUAUUUUUUUUUCAAAAUAGGACGUGACAUCACUUAUUGAAAGUCAAAAAACUACCACCCAUUCCAAAAUGAGUGGACUGAGAAGAACGGGCGCUACAAACUCAGCGGGCUUUUUUUUCAUCAAAAAUAUGUUUACAAAGUAACAUUGUGCAAUUUAACUUAUUAUUUAAUAGCCUGAGGGCGGUCGCUCCAUUCCCAAUUUGUGGUAUCAGUAAGAAAGUCAUUUAUGUUAUAGUAACCUUUACCACACAAAGUUUUUUAACAAUUCUUUUAAUGAAUGAAUGAAUAAAUGUAAUACUUUUGUUUGAAACAUUUUCUGGGAUCCUGUUGUAAAAGCAUAUACAUCGCCCCACAAAAAACUUGCUAACCCGAGUAGUAGGCAUUAUAAGCUUAUGUCUGUUCCCGGUGUUAACAUUAUGGUUAUGACAGUUUCUAGCAAAUUCACUUAUGUGCCUAUGAACAUACAUUACAUUAUCAAGAAUAUAUUCAGAAGCCACAGUCAAGAUGUUAAUUUCUUCGAAUUUUGGUGUCAAUGAUUCAUUAUAAGCGCAAGCUCCAACAGGUUCGUGUUUCCCCCUUACCACUUUUUAUUUCUUCACCCCGCAAUUAGUGUGUCAACAAGAAGACGAAGUAAUUAAUUAAUUACUUAACUUUCGUAGUAUUUUCUUUGAUUAAAGCGAGUUUUACAUAUUUAAAUAAAACACUUUUUCAAGGAUUAAAACACGUAUAAUUGUAAUUAUGUUUUUACGAUAGAUUUUACGGAAAAGUUAAUUUUUUUUUUAUUAUUUUACUCAGCCCAACGUUUCGUGACCUUUCGUUACUUCCUCUGGAAAGGUCACUUUAUAAUAUUUAACUUUUAGUUAAUUCUUAAAGACUUCGUGUAUCUUAAGUGUCUACCAGUCAUGCUGUAUUAUAAGUAAAUGUAGUUUUAGUUUAUAUGAUCUAUAAAUUCAUUAUCACGUAACGGAGUGGCACGCACUUUUUAGCACGAAACUAAAGUUUAUCUGUAUAUUCGACUAGAGUCUGGCAAGCGAAUGUUGGCACUUUAAAUGAGCGCCAAAUAUAAAUAAAUAAAAUUCUAAUUGUAUAUUUCUAACACCAAAUUAAUUUGAGAUAUUAUUGAUAUUUGAAAUAUCUUAAUACUUAAUAUUCUAAAGUAAUAUUAUAAAGAGGAAACAUUUGUGUUUUUGUAUGUAUGUUUGUAAUGUUUUCACACAAAUCUGUUUGACUGAUUUCAAAAAUUCUUUCACCAUUAGAAAGCUGUAUCUACAGUGAGUGAUUUGUCACUAUAUUACAUUUAAAAAAAAAUAGGGAAGAAUAAGAGAUUUAUCUAUUAUUGGAGCUAUUUAUUUAUUAAAAUAAGUUUUAAUUUCACAGUUUUUAGGCACGGACGAGUAAAAAAAGAAGGACUCCGCGUCGUGAUAUUAGCAAGUGAAGCACUGUUAUGCUAGUGUGUGUGCGGUUGCGGGGCAUACUAGUUACACAAUUUUUUCUCCCUUAAAUAAUCAUAUAUGGCCACAAAUACUUAUAAAGUAUCUGUUUACACUUUCUCACAACGCAUGACGGCAUUUUUAAAAUAUUUUAUUGCCACGCAAACUGAUCUGUCACAGACGAUGGCAAUUCUCAUAAUGGCCGCCUAACGGCCUGUAGUAGUGUAAGUGUGUGUGUGGCUAUGUAUUUACACGUUAAUCGGCUUGUUUUGGUGCUACACUGUUAUGUAAGGUGACACGGAGUCUUUAUUUUUUUACUAGUCCGUGUUUUUAGGUAUACAAUUUUCAUAUUAGCAGGAAUAAUAUAAGAUUUAAGAGGUGUUUCAUGUUUCCAUGUGUCAUAAUUUCAUUUACGAAUAAUUAAUGCAUUUAGUUGACAUUUAACAACAUCAAUAGAAACUUAUUUGUGUUAGUAGUUUUUGAAUUAAAAGUAAGUAGAUAAGUAAUGUAUUUAUUAUUUGUGACUAAAAGUUUCCUUUGUUUUAACUUAACUGAAAUUUUUCAUUAUAUAAAGAUAUACGAAUGUA